AUGUCCAGUACCAAAGACAAGGAUAUCGUCCGCAGGAAGCUGGUCAUUGUCGGCGACGGAGCUUGUGGAAAGACCUCGUUAUUGUCCGUCUUCACCCUUGGCUAUUUUCCCAAGAACCCAACGGUGUUUGAAAACUUUGUAACGGAUGUCAAGAUUGAUGGCAAGCCUGUGCAGCUCGCACUAUGGGAUACAGCUGGGCAGGAGGCAUAUGAGCGACUUCGACCACUUUCUUAUACCAAGGCUCAUGUUAUCCUGAUCGGAUACUCUGUCGACACACCGGAUUCCCUCGAUAACGUUACAUCGAAGUGGAUUCAAGAGGUUCAAGAUCAUUGUCCUGAUACGCCUGUGAUCUUGGUCGGAAUGAAGAAGGAUUUGAGGGAUGAUCAGGCAUCAUCGACGGGACAACCGAAGGUUGCCCGCUUCGUAACAACAGCCGAGGCGGAGCGAGUGGCACAAGAGAUUGGAGCGCGAAAUCAUUUGGAGUGCAGUGCAUUGACGGGCGACGGAGUUGACGAUGUGUUUGAGGCGGCGACGCGUGGAGCGUUGACGCAAGGAAAUCAAUCCCAGGAAAGCGGAUGCUGUAUUAUUCUCUAA